AUGCUGUCGACUCUGGCAUUGGCGGCCCUCGCAGUGCCUCUCACAACGGCAGCGAGCCUCAAUGUUACUGAUCCCAAUGGAUACAUUCAAUAUACCACCAUCACGGGCUACUUCCUGCAGGACGACCCUUCGACGAAUGCCUCAACGUUCAACUACACCCAGUCCAACUUCGGCCUCAUCAACCAAACCUACCCCACCACCGCGAACCUCACAAACCUCACGCAAUGGCAAGCGUUCGAAACCCAAGUCAACUCCCUCAACGCAAACGCACCCCUCAAUACCGUCUACAAAGUCCUGUUCAUGGGAAGACAUGGUGAAGGAUACCACAACGCCGCAGAGUCAUUCUACACGACGCCCAACUGGAAUUGCUACUGGGCAGAAUUGACCGGCAACAGCACCGCCAGCUGGGUCGACGCCCAACUCACCUCCAACGGCAUCUUGCAAGCCCAGAUCGCGCACAACUUCUGGCUGCACGAGAUUUCCACGCAGAAGAUCCCCCAGCCGCAAAGUUACUACACUUCACCCCUGUCCCGCUGCCUCGCGACCGCAAACAUAACCUUCUCCGGAAUCCCCACGCCCGAAUACUACCCCUUCGUGCCGACGGUGAAAGAGCUCCUCCGCGAGGGCAUCUCAAUCCACACGUGCGAUCACAGGAGCAACAAGACGUACAUCCACGACACAUACCCCGGGUACGCAAUCGAGGCCGGCUUCAACGAAUACGACGAGCUCUGGAACGGCGUCACCGCCGAACCCGACUCCGCGCACGAAUACCGCAUGCUCCGCCUCCUAGACGACGUCUUCACCUCCGACGACCACACCUGGAUCUCCUUCACCUCGCACAGCGGCACGAUCGCCACGAUUCUCGACGUCAUCGGACACAGAACCUUCUCCCUCGCAACCGGCAGCGUGAUCCCCGUGCUCGUGAAAGCCGAAUUCCUCCCCUCCUCCUCCGCCCCGUCCACCUCCAUAGGCUCCUACACGACAAGCACAUGGUGCCACAACGGCCCGCCGAUCAGCAGCGUCAGCUCGCUUGCGCAAGGGUGUGUCUGUUCGGCGACGACGGGCCCGCUGCCGAGUUUGAAUACCCAGGCGCCGUUCGUGCCUGGGCAGACGGCGCCGAUUAAUGAGUAUACGACUACGACGACCGUGGUGACGAGCACGAGUACGGCGAAGGGGCAUCAUACGACGAGUCAUCAUGGUGGGCCGGGGGGUUAUCCGCCUUGGUGGGGGCCGAGGCCAACGGGGUGGUAUAUGUAG